CAGUAAUAUUGAUAGAUUUUCAGUCUGUGUUUUUGCCCUAAUUAUCUUUACUGUUCUCUCCCUUGCUUCUGUGUUUCCUCCCUCUGACUGAUGGAAGUGGAUUUUGUUCCCGUUCGGAUCCUGUAGAGGCUUGCAGACAGAAGCAGUGGCUCUACUGUCAGGCUGUAGCACACUCAUCUGUCAACGGCAGCUUCAGAGAUGAGCUCCUCCAGCACAGGACUGAAAUCCGUGGAUUACGAGAUCUUUGGGGACGUACAGGGUGUCUUCUUCCGAAAGUACACGGAGGAGCAGGCCAGGAGACUGGGCCUGGUAGGCUGGGUGAAGAACACUGCAGGAGGCACGGUGACAGGGCAGGUGCAGGGGGCAGCUGAGAAAGUCAACUUCAUGAUGAAUUGGCUCAAGUCCGUGGGAAGCCCAAUGUCUCGAAUUGACAGAGCCCAUUUCUCCAAUGAGAGAGCUAUCUCCAAACUGGAUUUUAAUAAUUUCUCGACAAAGUACUAAACCUGGUGCCCGGAUUGCAAACGCCACUGCUCAUGUCAUUUAGCUGGGAGGAGGAAUGUGAAUAUGAGUGAUCCCAGACUGGAGGGGAAUGGUUUCUUUCCGUUGUGUUAAAGCCUAAUUUUCACGUCAACGCUAAACCUCCCCACUUUCCGAUGUUGACAGUAAACACUGUGCCAUAUAUCGAUGACCUCAUGCUUCCCUGCUGGGUUUCUGUUUUGUGGUACUAUUGAUCUUUAGGAGGGUGCCCCAAAUAUUGCGAGGGAAGUGGUUGAGUGGUGAUUUCUCCCUUGUCUCCAGGAAAAUCUGGCAACAUUUUCCUCUGUCCUUGUGCUACUUCCCAAAGUUUUUCUUUUAUUGCACUGUAGCUCAAAGUAAUCUUCAUCCUGGAGCAUGUGAUUUAAACUGCCUUAUAGCAGCGAAAGGAGAAUCGAACGAGCAUCAAACUCGACUUGAGUAACCCCACAACCAUGUUCCAUAUGAAGACCCACCAAUAGGCAAUCUCCUAGAAGAACGUCAUACUCAACUUACUUAUUUACUAGCCAUUACACAACUGACGUUUAAGACAGCCGUGAAGAUCCUCCAUCUCUGUCUGUCCACACCGUCGCGCUCAGAUGUAGAAAGAUUCUUCAUUGCUGUUUCCAUAGCAAUUACCUUUUUUUUUGACCAGUCGGGGUUGUUAGCCCCGAGCUGAACCCUCACAAACCUGGAGAGCUGGCAGUCCACUCUUAGUCCGGCCUCUACCCUUUGAACUGUUUUGUAUGGGAGACCCUACCAAAAGCCAAAGCAGAAAGCCCUGAUUCCAGCCAAAACUGCUCUCCCGGGUCACUAAGGCAUGCAAGCCUCCAAACCCUACGAUAAGGUAGUGGUCCUCUUGGAGGCGACUUGAGUGACCGCACACCAUAUUCCGCUUGAAGACCCACCAACAGACAACCUCUUAGAACAUCGUACUUGACUUGAGUAACCCCACAACCAUAUUUUCUUUUUGCUUUUACAACGUUGCACCACUGUCCUUUUGAUGAAUGACCUAAAGUGGCCAACAGAACAAGCCAGGUUGUCCUGCGCUGGAUUGUGCUAUUGGAUAGGCGUGUCUUGGGGUUUGGUCAACAUCAUUAAUGUAAGAUAUCGAUAUUGGAACAGCAUGGCAUGUUCAAGAAAGAACUCUCUCCUUGGAGUUACUUUGCUCAAAGUGCAUUUGCUUAGACUGCAUUAAACCGGAACAGUAACCCUAAUUGUGAGACUUGUGCGAAGUUUAUACAUGAAUCCGCUGAAGGGGUGGAAGAGAUGGAAGCUGUUGAACAACCUCCUGGAAAAAAAAGAAAAUUUUAGUAAGUAAGAUAGGUGGCGAUGUGGAUGAUGAAGUAAGUUUUCAAACCUUGCAGAGAGAUUUAGGCUAGUUAGAAGAAUGGGCUG